AGUGAGAGGGAGAGAGGUAUAGAGACAGAGAUAGAAUGGGAGGCGGGGGGGAAUGAGAUAGUGAAGAGUUUGUUCUGGCACAGAGAUUACAGUCGGGUUCAUGCACCCAGGUUUCCAGGAAAGCGUGGGUGGAGGGAGAGCAAUCACGUGGCAGAAAGAGGAAGCCCUCGGGCGGGAGGGGGGGAAGGGAAGGAGGGAAGGGGGAUUUUUGCCCCCCCCUUCUCUUUCAGCCUCUUCGGCUGUUCUCCCGGGCUUGGGGGUUACUAGUUUGGCGCAAGCGCAAAAGAGAACUGAGCCGGCCAAGUUCUGCCUCCAUCUACCCACCCCAGGGUUCCUCACUCCUCCAGAGGAUCCUCACUUUGGAGGAUGUAACCCCGAGAGCGGUGGCGACUUUGCCUCCGGCCAGGACGAUGCUCUCCUGCACCCCGGCUGCCGUCCUGGUGCUGAUGGUCGCCUCCAGGGACUGGUCGCUCUUCCCCAUUGCAGCCGGUGAAAAGAACUUAAAGUCUCCUCAAAAUGUGAACGUUGAGAUUGUAGAUCAUAAUUUUAUCCUGAAAUGGAAUUGGGAUGACGAACCUAACAGCAACGUUACCUUUUCGGCAUAUUACCAAAAUCCUGAUAAGAUGAGCAAUUGGAUCCAAUUGAUUGGAUGUCAGAAUGUCACUGGCACCAAAUGCACCUCUACUUUAACCAGUAUAACUAUAUUUGAAAAAAUCAGAGUGCGUAUAAGGACUGAAAAAGGACACGAAACAUCACCAUGGUAUAAUGUUUCCUCAUUUGUACCAUAUCAAAUAGCACAAAUUGGUCCUCCAGAAGUACAGUUAGAAGCUGAAGAUAGAGCAAUAAAAAUAAUCAUUUCUCCUCCAGGAACAAUAAACAGCAGCAUGUGGGUUACUGAUAGUUUUACCUACAAUUUAGUUAUUUGGAAAAACUCUUCAAGUGUAGAAAAAAUCAAUCUGACUGUUUAUCACAGAGAUACAAUUUAUGAUCUUUCACCAGAAACUACUUAUUGUUUAAAAGUUCAAGCAAGAUUACGUAAGCAGAAAAAAAUUGGUUCCUACAGUCCAGUAUUAUGUAUAAAUACUACAGCUGAACAUAUACCACCUCGUCCAAAAAAUGUAGAAGUUGAUGCAGCAUAUAAUAAAUAUGUUCUUAAAUGGGAUUAUCCAUAUGAAAACAUGAACUUUCAAGUUCAGUAUCUCCUUGGCUAUUAUAAAAGAAGUCCAGCUGACUACUCCAAUAAAUGGAAAACUAUAUCUGAUUGUAAAAAUAUCAUAAGUCGACAAUGUGACUUAUCAAAAGAAAUCAAAGAAGGAAUUUUUUAUCUGCGUGUACGAGCUUCAAAUGGAACUAUCACAUCUUUUUGGUCUGAGAGAAAACUUGAUACUAACAUUAAAACCAGAAUAGAUCCUCCAAGCAUAGAAGUAAAAUCCAGUGAGGAUUCAUUAUCUGUCUACAUUAGGGAGAAUUCCGGAAAAUCUGAAAAAAUUCCAAUGAGCCAGGAUUAUCCAUUAAUUUAUGAAGUUACUUACUGGGAAAAUGCUUCAAAUAUUGAGAACAAAAUGAUAGUAAAAGAGAAAUUAUGUAAAGUUUCUGAUUUGCAGCCCCUGGUUCUGUAUUGUUUCAAAGUCAAAGCACUUCUUGAGAGUGACAAGAACAACAAAAGCAGUGAAUUUAGUAAUGUUGUAUGUAGUAAAAUAACACCAGGUAAUCAACAAAAAAACUUGAUCAUAGUCGUUUGCUCUCUAUUUCUCAUGGGACUGAUCCUCGUAUCUUUUGGUUUAAAAUAUCUAUUAAAAUUGGUAAAACAUAUGUUCUAUCCAUCUUACAAACCUCCUUCAAAUAUAGCUGAGUGGUUCUCUGGUCAGCCAUUGAAAAAUCUCCUUGUCAUUUCAGAAGAACAAACAGAAGGUUGUAUAAUUGAAAAAACAAACAUUCUUGUGUUAGAAGAAACAAAUCAAAAUGGAAAAAAUAGUGAUAUUUGCAGUAAGCAAGACAAUCAUGAUUCAGGACAUUGUUCCAAUGAGGAUGAAACUAGUAGCAAUAAAAUGACUGAAGAAACAUAAUGUAGGAGACUAUGCAACAGUAAACACUCUGGUGUAUUACCUUGCCAGAGUUUAGGUUGGGAACCUGAGUGCCAUGCCCCUCUUAGUAAUCCUGAGAGAAUUAUCAACAGAGAAAACUUCAAUAUUCUUAAUGAAUCCAUCUCUAUUAAAAAGUGAAAUUCCUAGCAUUUAAAGACAUAUAACUAUGAAGUAUAUUGCUUCUACAUUUAUAAAUGUCUUCAAGGUUCUGUCUUGGAGUUAUAUCCAGAAGUUGAACACCUGCCUCUUGAAAUGACUUCUAAAUAUUGUUUUUUGUUACUGCUUCAUGACUCAAGGUAUUAACUGAAUUCAGUGUGCUACUUAUCACUUUGUGGUCAAAUGGUAAUCUUUCAUUUACUAUUAAAUUGUCUUAUCUUUCAGAAGAGAGAUGUAACCUUUGGAUAAAUCAUAAGGCGGAAUCCUUUUUUUUUCUUUUUCUUUCCCCUUUUUUUCUCUUUUUUUUGGGGGGGGUGGUGGUGCUGUGGUCUCUUCUGCUGUUACUAAGGCAAUCUGCAGUCUGCAGGGAAGGCUGCUGAGAAGAAACUAACUCACUCUAACCAGCAUGCCACCCAUUGGGAGCCAAUUGAAAGCAGUGUUUUGCUUUGGGGUUUUUUGUUUGUUUGUUUUUUUAAAAGCAGCCUUAAGUAACAGAAAGGAAAAUCUUGUGAAUCCACCCACCUGUUGCUGUAACUUUCAAGUUGAAUUUCCUCUAACUUUGUAGUUAGAACUUAAGUUUUUUUAAACAUCCUUUAAUAUUCCUUCAUCCUCUUUAUAAUAAGAAUUGAAUAAUAGAUCUCUGAACUGGAAAAAACCUCAAGAAAUCAUCUGGCUUGGCCCCUUGGCAAAUAAGGUUCAUUUUUUCCAUUUUACUGAUAAGAGCUGAGGUCUAGAAAUGUUAUAUGACUGUCCCUUGGUUAAAGUCACACAACUAGUAAGGGGCCCACUAUCUUGGUUAUAGAGCUAUAACUUUUUAUUGGAAUUUAUAGACCUAAAAUUAUUAGGAUCUGGAUAGUUUGCUCAGAAAAAUAUUUUUCAAAGGUUUAUUUAGGUUUAUUAAAGGUUUAUGGAGACACCAAUGAUAAUAAAUCACAUUUAUAUAGUGCUUUGAGGUUUGUAAAGUCACAACCCUGUGAACUAGGCAGUACAAGUAUUAUUAUCUCAACAAAUAAAGUCCAUGAGAUUUAGGGUGUGACCUCACUCUGUUCUUAUAGCAUAAUAUGAAGUAUAAAGCAGGAUUCAAACCCAGGUCUUUUAAGUCCAGCAUUUUUUCUGAAAUGCAAUACUAUAUCUGUAGGGAUCUUCAUUAUCCCAUGAGACUGAAGGUAUAACAUAGGCAAAAAGGAAGAAAUAGAAUAGGACUACAUCAGAUUUAGGAUUGGCAGAAACUUGUUUAACCACCUUGUUUUAUAGUUGAGGAAACAUAAGCUCCCAUAAUUUGUGACUUACCCCAGGUCAUUUAAGGAAUGAGUCGUAGUAUAUUUCAAAGAGUAAAGUUAUAAGGUGUCAGGAAAUUACUUCAGUUAAAGAGAAAAAUGAUUAUUAGCUUAUUGUUUGAUCACUUUGUGGAUUAACUAUUUCCUAUUUUUAUAUAUAAGGUGACUUCUGCUAGACCAGUUUUUCAGGCCCCCUCCCCCUACUCUUCAGCCAGUAUAUGCUCAAGAAAUGCAAACUUUGUAUUAGCCUAAGGAAAAGGCAAACCUGUUUCUUAAAAGCCAUAUGCAUUCCUAAUAAGUGAUUUUUUUUUUUACUCUGUGCUCAUUACAGCAUCCAUGCCACUCCUCUGCUAAUAUGGAUUACCAGAAUUUGACUGUUAGGGAGAUUUCCCACACAUUCUGAUGCUCCCUAGGAAGUGUUGGGAAACCCAGCCUAGAGAGCACUAUGGGCCUGGGCCUGAUUUGUUGUUUUUCAGCUGUGGUAUAUGUCAUUCAGCAUCCUUAGAUGACAAGAUUUCUUAGGCCUAUGUUAGAGUACAGGGCAAUUUCUAAGACUCCAGAGCCAUUUUGGGUGCAUAAGGAAACUGAUUUUGGCUUGAAACUCCCCUGGAACAAAUGUAUUAUAUAUGUACUUUUGUAUAUACCUGUUUUAUAUAUACUUAUAUGUAUAUGUUGUACAUAUUAUUGUCUAUAAAAUGUAAGCUUCU